UUCCAUUUCAUCACAUAUGGCAACUUGUUCUGCUUUCAAGAUUCCGAUUUCAAUUGCGAUUGAAGUCAAAAUUAUGCGAAAGGUUAGGUGGAAUGGGAACUAAAAAGGACCUUAGUUUAAUGCCAGUGGCAUUCGGUACGAUGAAACAGUACAGUUUGAACGAAGUAAAGAAACACAACAGCAGAGAAAGUCUGUGGGUGAUCUUAGAUAACGGGGUGUACGAUCUUACCGCCUUCUUGAACGACCAUCCUGGUGGAGAGGAAGUAUUAUUCGACAGAGCCGGACUCGACGCGACCGACUGCUUCAAUACCGUGGGUCACAGUUUGGACGCCAAAGAACGCAGGGAAUUGUACAAGAUUGGAGAACUCGAGGAUAUGGAACGAAUCAACUACAAACCGAAGGAAGAUGACGAUGCGUACGAAAAGGCGUUGAAAGCUCGAACGAACUUUUUCAAAGACAGGGUCAUUCCUGCAGCAAUUGUGGUAAUAGCCUUCUAUGUAUACUACUUCAUUAUGUAAAUAAAAGCAAUAUGUAAGAAUAAAAA